UACCUUUCUCUCUUUUCCAUGCAAUUGACGUUUUUCUCUUUACAACAAAUUUUCUGUUUGUUUCUUUGGAAAAUAAGAAAAGUGAAUCGAAUACAAACCAAUCUCUCUCUGAAAUUAAUUAGCUCUGGUUUCUGAUCUUGCAUUCUGAAUGAUUUUGAAUAAGGUUAAGAGAUUGAAAUGGCGGAGAGGCGAUACGGAAUAGGUUACGCUUUGGCACCAAAGAAGCAGAAGAGUUUCAUUCAAGAAUCGUUAUUGAGCCUUGCGAAAUCGCGCGGUAUCGAUCUAAUCAAGAUCGACACCGAGCGUCCGUUAGUGGAUCAGGGACCGUUCGAUUGUGUGCUACACAAGUUGUAUGGUGAAGAUUGGAAGAAACAGCUCCAACAAUUUCAAAUUCAGAACCCUAAUGCGAUUAUCCUUGAUUCUCCUGAAGCAAUUGAACGGUUACAUAACCGGAUUUCGAUGUUGCAGGUUGUUUCGGAGCUCAAGACUGGAAAUCAGUCUGAAACCUUUGGGAUACCGAAGCAGAUUGUGAUUUACGACAAGGAAACGCUCUUUGAUCGACAGGCAUUGGAGUUGUUGAAGUUUCCGGUUAUUGCGAAGCCUUUAGUAGCUGACGGUAGUGCGAAAUCGCAUAAAAUGGCUUUGAUUUUUAACCAUGAUGGCUUUAAUAAGUUAAAGCCACCGAUCGUUCUUCAAGAAUUUGUUAAUCAUGGAGGAGUUAUUUUCAAGGUUUAUGUUGUUGGUGAUUAUGUUAAAUGUGUGAAAAGAAAGUCUUUACCUGACUAUUCAGAAGAGAAACUGAAGGGCCUUGAAGGUUCUUUAUCGUUUUCGCAGGUUUCAAACUUGGCUGCCAAUGAGAAAAUCGAUGAGAACUUUUAUGAGAUGAUGCAUCAAGACACUCAGUUGCCUCCUCAGAGUUUUAUAACUGAUAUUGCUAGGGGUUUGAGAAAGGCUAUGAAAUUGAAUCUCUUUAAUUUUGAUGUUAUUAGAGAUACAAGAUUUGGGAAUAGGUAUCUCGUCAUUGAUAUUAAUUACUUUCCUGGUUAUGCCAAAAUGCCCUGUUAUGAGAAGGUCUUGACUGAUUUCUUUUGUGAUAUACUCAAUAAGAUUGACAGAGACGUGUUUGAAGGAACAAGUGAGGAGAAAGCAAGGAACCUUCCUUGCAAAGAAGGCAAGAUGGGAAGUGAUACCUGCUGCAAUGACGACCGAAACCCUAUUUGACAAAAAUGUAGCAAUUACCUGAGAACAGUGUCUGCCGCGAUGGUUCAUGGGUGUGAUGGUUUGGAUUAAUUGGAAACUGUUUUAAGGAUUUGGACCGUUGUGCUGAAUUGUGAACUCGAGCGAGUUGCAUAUUUCUCAUUUAGGUGGCUGUUGGUUGGUUGGUACAGUGGUGAAAUAAGUAGGUUGGUUGGUUCUUGGCUGUAGUUUUAGCCUCUUGACAACAAUACAUGGUGUCUCAGUGUUUGAUCAUGUAUAUUCCAUCUACCAUUACUCUGGAGAUAGGUACUUCUCAAAUACUUUGAAAGUCUUUGGAAAGCAAGUUGUACUCCGAGGCUUUAAUUGUUUUUUAGACUUGUUCUAGUUUUGUUCUUUAAUUUGUUCUACUUUUGUUCCUUUGGCAUCUUUAGUCAAUGAAUUUUGUCAUUCUGUUGAUGAUAAUUUCAUUCCAUUUUUUUGCUUC